CAACGCUCUCCUUCAUCGUCAAUCACUCCCUCACCACCCCUCACUCUCUCCCUCUCGCCAGUAAUGGCUUCCAAAUUCUUCCCUGCCCUGCCGCGGGCUGGCCGCCAAUUGACUCGCACUGUUCCCCGACCCCAGUUCAGACCCUUCUCCGCUGGUCCGCAACGGUUCAGCGAUGUCCUUCAUGUGCACCGCAACACCCCCGAGAACAAUCCCUCCCUCCCCUUCAAGUUCUCCGAGCAGAACAACCAGCUCAUCGAGGAGAUCCUCGCCCGUUAUCCCCCUCAAUACAAGAAGGCUGCUGUCAUGCCCCUCUUGGACCUUGGUCAGCGUCAACAUGGCUACACCAGCAUCAGCGUUAUGAAUGAGGUCGCCCGCCUCCUCGAGAUGCCCCCGAUGCGCGUCUACGAAGUCGCAACUUUCUACACAAUGUACAACCGCGAACCGGUCGGCAAAUUCUUCGUCCAGCUUUGCACAACGACACCAUGCCAACUCGGUGGUUGCGGAAGCGACAAGAUUGUCAAGGCCAUCGAAGAGCACCUCGGAAUCACCAGCGGUCACUCAACUGAAGACGGCCUUUUCACAUACCUCGAAGUCGAAUGUCUCGGUGCCUGUGUUAACGCCCCUAUGGUCCAGAUCAACGACGACUACUACGAAGAUCUCACUCCCGAAUCGAUGAAGGCCCUCCUCACCGCGCUCAAGGAGUCCGCUACCGCUACCUCCGGCAGUCAGGUUAAGAUCCCUGCUCCCGGUCCUCUAAGCGGCAGAGACACCUGUGAGAACAGCGCUGGCAUCACCAGCUUGACGGACAUCGUGUGGGACCCCGAGACAAUGAUGAGGAAGGAUGGUGCCCUGGACGGAGAGGCGCAAAAUCCCGCGCAAUAAACCCAAUAAACAUAUGAUUUCGAAAGAGAAGAAAAGAAUAUACUAGUUUUCAUUGUUGGUGUUGGUUUGCUUGCGUUUUCCCUCACGUUUCCCCCCUUCAUCCCGAGCUGGUUGACGGACAAGGCCACCGGGUGCUGGUUAUGUAUGUAUAGUAUGUUGUUUCUGGUCUUUCCUGUAUGGAGAGAAAAUGACCAGGAACUUCUAUAGAAGGUUUAUUACCCAAUGCACUCUUAUUUCAUACUGGACUUUUAAUAUCCCAAUCUAGCUCGGCUAUCAGCUUAACCACCAAAUUUUCUAACUCUAACAAUCAAAACAUUCAAAUGGACCCUGAUAUCUCACCAUAGAUUUUCCAAUUUAAAAAGAAAAAGAAAGGAAAAAGACCAAAUCUCAAAACGCAUUAUCAACCAACAUCUCCGGCCCCUGACAAGU